UCAAUAUGUUUAUUUUAUUUAUACAAAGUAAGAAACUUCGGUUGAUAAAUUUAUUCCUUAAAACGAAACGUAAAGUAAUAGUAAUGUCAUUUUUAGAGAGUUAUGAAAAUGGACUCUACGGUUCUAACGAUAAGAUAUACAUCAUCAAACUUUAAGUGGCCUUCAAAAUGUAGAUUAAAACAUAGUUAUUAUUAUUACACAUACUUAACUUCUACGAAAGAAGGUUACUAAGUUGAUUCAUUCAUAAAUAAAGUUGAUUGUAUUAUGUUAUUACGUUAUCUGUUUUGGGAAUUCUGAAUAUUGUGUUUUUAGUUAGCAGUGUGUGAUAACGCAUUUGUAUCGGAACUUGUCGUGCUUGUAAACUUCAAAGUUUGAAACUAAGUUAUUUGUUUGCUAAAAUGUUACCCAAUGAUUAACUUUGUUUGUUUUGAUUCAAUCAUGAUUGUGUUAACUAGAUAAUUUAGUUGAAUCUCGGUCUCCGCUUCAUUUGUUGGAUUGGAUUGUUUAAGUUAUCGAGGUUAAGUUGUACACAGCGGUGACAUAAUAGCGCGAAUUUCAACUGAGAUGGUGGUUUAUAUUGUACUAUGACUCAUGGUUACACACCAGACCGCAUCGGUAGAAGACAUGUACUAAGAAAACUCAAAAAUGACAGAUAACACUAAAAAACGUACCAGUAGUUUUCGCAAAAUAUUUCCAAAUUUAUUUUUUUCUCACAAGUCCAAAGAUAAAUCAACUUCAAAAGAGUCUUCUACAGUGUUAAGAGAUGGUACCAGCAAUUCUAUUCCUAACCAAUACCACAAUCCUCAAUCAGUUUUCGCAAAAUCUGUCAAAGGUUCAAGUAAUGACGAGAAUAUUUAUGAAAAUUUGGCAGUAAAUCAUCAAGUACAUAUUGACUUAGAACAACGGCAUAAUGUCCCAAGUAAUCAUUCUUCAAGUAGUACCUUGGUAUCAGAGAGCGUAAAAAACAAGUCUGUACAUUCAAAUGAGGAAGCAGAAACAAAAAAUCACAAGAACUAUAUUCACCCCGAUUAUGCGGCAAGGCCUCAAGUACCGUUGAAGCCUAAAGAGGAUUCUUUGAAUAUAUCAACAGCUACCGUCACUACAAGUUACCUUCAACAUUCACAAUACCCAGAUGUAUACUAUCAUUCUCUAGAUAAAUUAAAUGAUAAAAUAUCACCCCUAGAUGAAAUUGACAUUUAUCAAGCCUCAAAAUCACAGGUUGAUCCGUCACCUGUUGGUGCAGAAAUUAAAAAAGUAAGCACUAAAUUCUUGAUAUCACCAAAAAAAGAAGCUGAAGUUCGAACUAUACAACCGAACCGCGCUCGAAGUCUUUCCCUGGAUAAAACCAAUCAAAGAUUCAAUGAAAAUAAAUCCAACGAAUAUGACAUAAAGGAAAAAAAACAGAGAAAAACCUAUAAUUACUCAGCGCCAACUUCUCCGAUGCCCAUUUAUCAUAAAAUUCCAAUUAUGCCGAAAACUGUUUCUCCUUACGAGCAUGUUCGCAAAACUAUGAUAGAAACUGAAGAAAAGAGAAAUUCUUUAAGCAGGUUAAGCAAACGUAACAAAACCACGCCAUCGCCCACCUGUGUAGAUUACGAUCACAACAAAAUGUCUUCAAAAGAAUCUCCUACGCUGGAUAAUCACUCCUUAGAGAGAGAAAAAACACGACAGAAGGUUGAGGCUUUCUAUUGGCAAAAAUUAAAGGAACAGAAACAAAUGGAAGAUGAGUAUUUAUUGCGCCAGUCAAUUAAGGCACCCACACGAAAUUCCUCUGCCUAUGGCACCGUAUGUUCGAAUUCCAGUUGUAGUUCACCAAAUGCUUCUUUAAUAGAACCAAGAAGUUACAGUUUACCUAGAGGUAAGGAAUUUGAUAAUUACAGUAUGUACCACGUGAUAAAUCAGAAGAACUCCCCAUUUAUAAGAGGAGCGCCUGAGAGGCGAACAGACUCAUUUCUCUCGUCUCGAGAUCACGGCGAAGAUGACAUUGUGUAUAGACAUCCCGAGAAAUUGCUGGUCAAGGACAAAAUUACACCAAUGAUGGUGGUGAAUUACAGGAAACAAAUGCCUAUGUACCGACAAGGUUCUCUAACACCAACAAAAAGGAAUAUAUAUCAACAAACCAAGCGAGUUAGUUUUGAAGAACACUUGAAUAAACUAAAAUUAGAGCAGGUCAAAACUGUGAGUGACAGAAAAGUUGAAAAUAAAGAAACAACGGGGGAAAUAAAACAUCAAGUUCCGUCUAAUGUAACGAAAUGGUCGAAAGUUCCGACGAAUGGUCCUCCUCGUCCACCUGUACGAACGACGAGCAUAAACACGACCGGAAAGAGUUCUCUAAACAACACAAAGAGUGUUCUGACAGCCGGAGGGCAAUCCAUGUGUUCUGAAUCGGAAAGUGGAUCAGAGGCGGGUGAAAUACAAAGAAUCCUACUAAACAAGUCGCAGAGAGAUGAUUGGCCCCCAGAUGGAUCGCGAAACGAUGGUGGGCUGUCUGACGGCGAGGCUAACCGGGGCUCCUCCAGGGGCAGGACCUCGCGGCGAGACGACCCGAGACGGCACACGCUCGCAGGCAACCACCUGUUCAUCCAGCAAGCACAUCCCGGCCACAACAGCACACUUGACUUGGAACACAGCACUACUGCACAGAAAACAAUGAACACCCCCGAGUACGCUAUUGUGGCGAAAUAUCGAGACCACAAAAGGAAUAUUUAUGUAGAGCCUCGCAUGAGAAAGCCUCCUUUACCACGAAGUUACCCGCCUCCGAACGGGCUACUGUUCGACGAUGACCCCGGCAUCAUGUCUGAGGUGGAGACUGCCUCCACGGGGUUCAGGCGCGGCGGUAAGCAGCGCUCCUCUCUCCCCGUGGUCAGGACUCCGAGCAAGACACUGGAGCGGCCGUUGGGAUUAGUUUUCCUGCAGUACAGAAACGAAACGAAAAGGGCCCUCUUGCCGAACGAGAUUACGUCGAUCGACACGGUCAAAGCGUUGUUCGUGAGGAGUUUCCCCAAGCAACUCACCAUGCAAUAUAUGGACAGCCCCAUGGUGAAGAUAUACAUUCAUGACUCGUCGAAGGACAUGUUCUAUGAACUCGAGGAUGACAGGGCUCAUCUGCGGGACAUCAGAGACCGCAGCGUACUGAGGUUGUUCGAGGCGACGGACAUCGGCGGGGGCGCCUUCCCCGGCACCGUCGGGGUCGGCUCCCUGGCCAUGCCCGCUGGAGCCGCCACCUGCUCCGGUCCGUCUAGCUGGGACCAGGAUCAGAGCUACUUCAGCGAGCCUGAAAUAGACUCCGAAUAUCAUCACCAGCACGUCCACAAGUCUAAGGUGAAAGCGCCCGCGUAUUACAUCGGCAACCAGGCGCCCAGCACUCUCCCCCGCGGGGGAUCUAUGCUGAGAGCAUUUUCCCCCGCAGCCCCUCCCGUGCCCGCUGACCGUGCGAAGACCCUCCCCGGAGCAGGGCAUGCCAGUGAAGGCUACAUGUCGUCGCCAGAGAGAGCUGCCGCCAGGGCUCCUUAUGAAGAGCCCUAUUACACGCAGUUCCUCGGACCCAAUUCAGGGAGAUCAACCAUUACUCCCGUGAUCGACGAAGAGGCCAGUGACGGCAUGAUCAUCGAUGAUGCCUACCAGAUGUACAGCAUCAAUGCCAUCACAUCCGCUCCAAGGCCAAUGCCACGACCUCCUUACGACGCCAGGCUAAAUACUCAGGUGGAUGAUAUUCAGCGACUGCGCGUCGAGAAGAUGGAGAGACAAUUGGCCAACUUGACGGGCCUCGUUCAGAAAGCAUUGCAGGUCCCAGGUCCUUCCACCGUACCCGCCGUAGCACCGCGCCAAGAGUUCAACACUUUCCCAACCCGUCCUUCUAAUCAGGAGAAGUCAGUGUCCUUUGAGAAAUCGGUAUCAUUUAGUGAUGACCCACCCGACAUGAACUCCCCCAAACAACACUCGCCUCAGCACUCAGCUGAUACAAAACCAACCAAACCGGCAAUCAAAUCAUCGACAUUGCCACGGACUUCGUCGCAAGAACGGGACCGCCAUAAGCCGGCGCCGCCGCCGAAGCCGGCUGGCCUGGUCGGGCAGCAACUCGCGUUGGUCCCACAGCGAACGUACACAAUCAACGUGACUCCCGAUUUCUUCAACCAACUACGGAUUUUGCAGAAGCAAAGUCGCGACUUGCGCAUCGAGACCCGCAACUUGCGUCGCUCUACUUUGGCUCAAGCCAUUCAAAUGCGUCAAAUGAUGGCUGAGACUAUUGUGCAGAUUGGCAUGAUCGCAGCCAGUUUCUGCGAACAGGAUCCUGAUUCGCAACUCACUAGAGAAGAGGAAAUCUAUCGUCAGGAUAUGCUUCUUCUCGAAAACGAUUUGUAUGAGCUUGAAGCCACCGUUGAACGACUUCGAGGACAAGCUGCCAACAGGGAGACUCGAGUCAAUAUGUCUGACAUAGAGCGAAUCGCCAUGGUGCUGUCGAAGAGCAGCAAAACCUUCGCCGACUGGAAGCUCAAGUUCCCCAUCCUUCAGGAGACCAUGAAGGUCAAAUUGGCCGCUGAAAUGGAAAAGGUGGUCCGCAAAGAAAAGAUGCUUGAAGAAGAACCGGAGCGUCUCGAGUUGGCGCUGCGACGCUGCAAGAAGUUGACUGGCACAUUAGUGACUCUUAAAAGGCUUGCUUGCGUCCAAGAGCAACGCUUACCGCUCGCUGACGGACGCAUAUCGCCCGGUUCUUCGCAAUCCUCUACGUUCACCGCCGGCCCGUCAUCCGACGAAUUCAAUUCCGACAGCACUUGCCACCUGCCGCCAUCCAACCACAACAAGGGUCCCGCCUCCAGCUGCGGGCGAGGGCCGGCCCGGGGGGCGCCGGACGUGCGCCCCGAAAACGCUCUCGACGCUCUACUAGACGAGCUGCAGACGUUCGCGAAGCCGGCGCCGGCGCCGAGCCCCGCACCGGCAGCGUCGGCGGGGGCGCCGGCGACCGCGCCGCCGCGGGGCGAGGGCCCGCUGCGCCGCCUGCACUCCUACCCUAGCGGCAGCGACACCGACGCCUCGCCCCCGGUCCGCGCGCGCGGCCAACACCCCCCCAAACCCCCCGUGCCUGAGCGACACCCCGAGCUACUGGCGUUAGCAGCACGCCGCGCGCCUCCGCCUCCCCCUCCGCGAACGACUUCCCGCUCCCCUCUAGCCUCCCCGACCUCCCCUACUUCCCCACCCGCCGACAGCGACCCUAAUGACGACAAAACCUCCACCCGACACACCAUCCUCGAACAGAGACACCAGGAACUCUUAAAAAAACAAAAGGCGCUCCAGGAACAGUACGCGCGCUUACAAAUGAUCCAGCGCACUGGACCGACGUUGCCGCCGGGGCCGCAAGAUCUGAAAAAAACCGGCAGCGAAUCCAAUCUACUCACCAAGAUGAACCUGAAUCUGGCGACGGCCGCCAUCUCCGGCAGUAUGACGCACCUCGCCGCCGAUGCGGACCGAAAGAAGGGGGUGGAUGCGAAUGCCACGCCGGAGAAACCGUCACAAAACUCGAUAAUGACGCAAGAGACAGUCGCGACAACUAACAAAGUUUACGAGACUGACAUUCUGUGACCUAGCAAUCGCCGCUUUAUUAUAAUAGUUUGAGUUGAAUGUUCUUAACUUUUUUGCGAAAACUUUAUUAUAGAAUCAGCGUUCCGAUUCCCCGAUGAUGAAAUCGAAAAUGUGUCUCAGCUUCGUUAUAGUUCGCUUCGAUAUUGGAUUUUAUUUACAAUACGUUUCGAUGCGCAAUCGAUCUCCCUGUCCUUCCUCGCGUUAAGAUCUAUGCACACACGCAGAGACAGAAUGUUGAAUUUUGAAAUUGUGGUAAAAGGAGGUAGAUUAAAAUUUAUUCAACAUAAUUUUCUAGUGUGACGAUAUCGUAAGGUAACGAAUUAAGAUAUAAAAUUCGAUACAUACCGUAAGAAAAUGACACUAAACGGGAAUGAAAAAUCUUUUCAUGGCCGUCAUUAAUAAUUACAUUAGUUAUAAUUUCAUUCUUCAACAUUCUGGAACAAAUUAGCAUAACAGCAUAACCCGAUUAAUCUACAUGGACGUCUCACAUCUCAUAUACUGGACACUGAUGCAUUAACAGUAAUCAAUUAAAAAUAAGGCAGACAAAAAUAUAUAUAUAAAAAAAAACAAAUUGAUGUCAGUAGUUUGCAGGCACAAUUUUAAGGUCUACAUAAUCAGUGUUGUACAUAGAUCAUUCAAGUAAAAGUAUCCUUCUACUCGUAACCUAGCUCCUUAACUUUCUACUUAAAGGUACUUAGUAAACUCUAUGCUAAGGAUUUACCUAACUACAAUUUUAUGUGCCAAAUAACAAAUUCUAUUUGAAUCUUUCAAAUCAUGCAACGAUUGAUAACUCAAAUUAUUUGAUUAAAAAUUUCUUUUGGGUGACAAAGUUCAGUAAAGAUGUUUUGUACAACGAAUGUAAAGUUGGUUAAACUACAGAAUUCCUAAUAACUACAUGACUAUUUAGAUUUUCUACCCUUUGAAAAACUUUAAUAUUUUUGACGGGUGUUUUUAACGAAAACAUAAAAAAUCGUCUGUGAUAAAAAUGUUACCUAAUUAAAAAAUGCAUAAGAAUUGAAUUCAUCCGUUUUAAUACAAACAGCCGAGCCGCUUAGAGACGUCAUGUUAUUGGCACACCUUCAUGUCACGGCAUUAAGAAUUAUAUUAUGAAUUUGUAUAGAUAAAUUUUCCACAUGUUGUAUCCACUAUACGUACUCGCACUCUGAAACCGUCAUAAAUAUUAAGGAUAGUUGGGAAUCCCUAUAAAAUUUAAAAUCGAUUAAAAUAUACGAAUGAUGUUCUUAAAAAAACUUAUGAAAUAAAAAUAUCCUUAUUUUUAGACUCAAAAUAUAUCUGCAUUAGAAACGUCUAUCUAUAGAGUCUAGAUCUUUAGUCAUAGAACUAAAUACCUUACGUUAACGUAUCACGUAAAUAUUUGCGCUUUUUCAAUGUUUGUUGCAAAUAAAACACACACUUAAGAAAUUUUCAUUAUGCACUGAAAAAUUUCACGCACUUAGAAAUAAUUUUUUGUGAAGUUUUGGAGGGCAUUCUUAAAUAUUGCCAAAUAUGUUUAGGUAGUGAAACGCUUUUCACCAUUCAAUAUUUUCGUUCUGCUAUUCACAGCUUCGCCGGACUAUUCGUAAUAAGUGACUAGAAAAAUAAUAGGUAUAAUAUAUUUUCACAAUGAAAUGAUAGGAGUAACUCGUGUUGUACGUUUCACGGUGAAUAUUCUAUCACAUAAAAUUAAGGAAUUGUUAUAAUUAUGUUCUCUUACAUUCCUUGUAUAUUUUAAAGUAUUAAAAAUUAAUUAAUUGUAUACAUUAAUUUUAUAUUUCAUAUUUUUAUCAACGUUUAGUAUUUUAUACAAUUAAUGAGAACGUUAAAUGUGUAUUUGUUGCAAAGUAUGUACUUAUACAAUAAAUUAAGAAUGUUGCACCACUUUAAAUAAGUCCCCACAUAAUUAGAAUAUUUUGUAUAUUUUUUCCGUGCCAAUAUGGAGAUCAUGGUUCCUUUUCAUUUCUCAGUGUCAAUAAAGAUCGAGUUGUCGCAGUAGGUAAAUCAGUAAUAAUGCUUGGAUACGCGUAAACGGAAACAGCAAAAAAUUUACAAUGUAGAGCCCAUUUUCUUUUUAAUCUUCCGUUUUUGGAUUUAAAUUCAUUACUUACCUAUUUAAUAAUUUAUUAAUUUUGCAUUUUCUUUUUGUAUAAUAAAUUAAUUUAAUGUUAUCAAAUCGAUGCAAUUUUAUUUAACGACGUACUAAAUUAUGUUAAGUUACAAUUUAGAACAUUUUACCCACUGAAGAAAGGAAGGUAUGAUCUCCUUGAACGCGAAAAUUGUUGAUACUUUAUUUCCUUUAAAAGUGCCAAAUUUUAUUAUGUGCUUAUUUGUAACUUUUCUACAUAAAAUAAUAAGUUCUUUAUAUAAAAAUAAUUUUGAUACAAAUUGUACAUUUUAUGGAUAGGUAUUGUUGUUUAGUUGUAGAUAUAUUUUGUAUUACAAUUAUUUUGGCUUUUAAAGCUUCUUACCAAUAAUUAUGUUGUUAAUUGUAUAAUUAUGUUAUUGAUUGUAUUCUUUGUUUAGUUGUGAUAGUUCAUAUUAAUUGUAUAGUUAAACUGAAAUAGCUUGAAAUGUUUCAAUGUGGAAUUAAAUAAUUAUAUAUACACGUCAAGUUA